UCUCCCGCGUCCCGCUGCCUUCCCGCUGCCCGCGGCUUCUCCGCACCGCUCCGGCGCGGGCAGAUGUGGUGUGCGAGCCCCCGCUGCCCCCUGUCAGCAGCUGCGCUGUGAGCUCCAGCUCGAAGCGCUGCUGGUCCUGCGGGAAUUGUCCUUCUGUCUUUGAACAAUAUUGUUGAUGGGACAAAGAAGUGGGCGUCAAGAAAGAAGCAAGAAACCAGAGCUGGCAUUAAGUGAGACCAUGGAGGCAGAAACCGAAGUACGAAAUAAUGAAGAGGAAACCAAAGAGGCGAAGGCCAAAAACCAGAGGCUGAUGUCUGUCUUUGGUGUGGCAGACUUAAAAAAUGAAGCUAUUGGACUGUACAACCUUGGACUGAGCUGCUGUCUGAACUCUCUGCUCCAAGUGUUCCUCAUGAACAUACGCUUCACAGGGAUACUCCGAAGGAUUGCAGUGCCGUCAUCUCAUGUGCAGAGGAAGAACAGUGUUCCGUACCAAAUGCUCCUGCUCUUGGAGAAGAUGCAGUGUGGCAAGUGCAAAGCUGUUAGUCCCACAGAGCUGGCUUGGUGCCUUUCACUGCACAGGGUGAAAUUGUUUGUGCAGCAUGAUGCUGCUCAGCUCUUUCUGACUCUCUGGAACUUGUUACAGAAGCAGAUGAAAAAGCCAGAGCUGGUUGAAGAGCUGAGGGAUUUGUACACAAUCUGCAUACAGGAGCAUCUGGCCUGUCAGAAAUGCUCUUUUGAAGUAAAGAGCAACAGCACCAUGUUAACCCUUCCACUCCCAGUGUUGGAUGCCAAUUCUCACAGGCUGAAGACUCUGGAGGAGUCUCUGCAAUACUUCUUCCAUCCAGAAGAGCUGACUGGUCAAAACAUGUGUUUCUGUCAACAGUGUGGGAGGAAAACAACUUUUCUGCAGAGCAUGAAGCUCGUCCGUCUGCCACAGACUCUGACCUUGCACCUGAAGCGCUUCUGCUUUGAAAGAUCAUCUCAUUCACACAAGCUAAGUCACUGCCUGCCAUUCCCACAAGAACUUGACUUCAAUGAAGUCUUGACAGAAAAUCAGUGCCAAGCAGAUGACAGUGAAAAGGCUACCUGGCAGUACGAGCUUUUUGCUGUUGUGGCCCAUUCAGGAUCAAGCAGCUGUGGCCAUUACUGUGCCUACAUUCGAAGCCUCACAGAGUGUAAAUGGUAUUGCUUCAACGAUUCUCAGGUUUGCCAGGUAUCGUGGGAUGAUGUUAAAUGCACCUAUGGACAUGCCAGCCUCUACUGGAGAGAAACGGCCUAUCUCUUGAUUUAUAUGAAAAAGAAUCCUCAGUAGCCCCAUGGAGGAGUAUCAGAAUGUCUCAGAAAGCUGUGCAUUGUCCAUGGAGCUCAGCACCUCUGUGCCAGUGUGGACAUGUACAAGUGUUUAACAAGAAAGACAUUCUGCACUCAGCAACCUCGGCCUUCACAUUCAUCUAUGAAGAAAGAAGCAGCAGACACUCAACUAGAGAAAGGAUCUAAGAACUGUUGCAGCUGGAAACUUUUUCUUUUGUGUAUUUUUUUUAUAUUUAUGUGAUUUCCUCUUUAGAAGAUGGUGAAGUUAGUCCUUGUCUCUGCUGCCUUACCGUUUUCCUUAAUGCUGAUGCCUGGGUUCCAGUCCAGGGGAGGUGUUUGGCCUGAAAGCCUGUGUGGUGUUCCAGGGAGGUGCGUGGUAUGACUGGAGAGCUGUGGCAACCAUACCUAGCCAGUAAGAGAUCAAGACUUCCUUUGUCCUUUUAGCACCAUUUAGAUGCUGGCAAGCUGGGCAGGAGACCCAAAAAAUCACCCCAGAAACAACUGGAGGAAGGAUCAGAACUCUUACGACACACACUCCUUAAAACCUCCCUGGAAAUGAAUCACUGCACGGGCUGAGAUGUGUAGAGAAGUGUUUUAAAUCAGAAGCUACUGGAGCAGUUCUGAUUUACGAGAUGAGUUCGCAAAAAUUUGUGCAGGUGAUGAUUAUUUCAGCAGGUUUAUCAGGGGUUUAGAUGCAUUUUCUUUCCUGUAGAGGAAAUGUUCAGAGCAGCAGAGAUUCUGAAGCUAAUUAGUGAUUUUGCACAACACAGGCCAUACACAGGUGAUAAGGGAAGUGAGAUGCCUUGAUGUGCUUGAACCUUUGGGAUUUUCCUUAAGUAUUCUUCACCUGGUUGCCAGCUGGAAUUGUCUUGCUCUCUCCUUUCCUUCUCUGCCCAUGAAGUGGAAAUGUCCCCCAGGUAGAAAAAGGCUCUGAAGAAAACAAUUUUGUAAAGAAACAGUAAUUUUAAAACCUCCUGUAGAGUCCUGUCACUCUGUGCUGCUGGUUCAGCCAAGGCAAGACCACACGGAGGGAAAAGGUAAGGAGAGCUGGAAAGGAAGGUUGGUGAUAUCUGACAGUGGGAACAAGAAUGUUCUAAAGGCUCAUCACAAGGCUCUGUGGUGAGGAAAGUUAAAAAUUUUGUGUGGCUUUUAAAGCACUCAUGGCGUUAACUCUUGAUGUGCCACAGUCUGGGAAGGGAUCGAGGAUCCCAGAAACAGAUCUGGAAGUACCUACAGCCUAAUAUACUCCGUGACUGUAUCUUUACAAAGGUGCUGUUUUUGUGGGACUGAGAAAUUACAGAAUUAGAUUAAUGUUAUUAUAGAAAUUAUAUACAAUUAUAAAACUAAUGUAGAUAUUCUGUGUGUAUAACUUAAUUUUAUUUCGGUAGUGAUGAUGAAGUUCACAAAUCAUGUCCAUUUUCUGUUGAUAUGUGGAAGGUGAAUUGAGAAAUCUUGGAGCAUAGCUGUGAAAUUACUCCUUCAUGGCGUAGCAGGUAUUUAUUUCGCUGUAUUAGCAAGGUCCAUUAUUCUGUUCAACUCUGUAUUCAUAUUAUUUUUUCUGGGGUGAAAAAAUCCCAGUGUAUUAUUUGUCAUCAGGAUGAGGAAUUCUCAGCCUGUUCACCUUCAGGAAUGCAUUGCACUCUUUCUAAAGCAUCUUGCAGUGGGUGAGUAAGAAAACCAAGUUUCUGUUUGCUUUUCCAACACUUCGCCUCUGUGAAGGAGCUGAAAAAAGCUGCACUUUCAGGAACUUUCAGGAACUGAGUUGUUGGGAUAAGAGACUGACAUUUCUAAUUAGCUAUAACUUGAAAUUUAAAAACUUAUGAAAAAUGCCUUAAAUGUGUCAUAACCUUCCAGUGAUGUGACCCAUCAAGGAAACAACUGCAGAGACAUAUUUAAGAAUCUUUUCAGUCAGUGAAAAAAACCAUUUAAUUUCAGUGAAAAGUAAUCAGUGUUUUUUUUAAUAAAAUAUUAUGGGAUACAUUCCCUAGAAAAUCA